CUUACACCAUUGUAUCCAGUGCAGUUGUUCAAUGUAGUUUCACUUAACGAUGUAAACAAAAGUAGUUAGACGCGCUGAACUAUGUAAGAAACUUCAAUCAGCUGUUGUAACGUUCGUUAUUUAAUUUCAACUCACGCAGUUUAACUGGCAGCUCAGCUUGGUGAUGGUUAGUGGUUAAUGCUGUCACAGAAGGUUGCUAGGUUAGUCAACUUAACUGUUAAGCUAGCUUGAGGUAAGUUUAAAGUGUCCACAGAGACAGUUCACUAUCAGGAAGUUAAUAACAAGACUCGAUGAACACUUCCAACCAGAUGGAGGCUGCUCUGGGAUCUCUGCAGAAUCCUGAUCUCAGCUCAGUCCUGUCAUCGUGUGAGCCAGAGCUGCAGGAGCUGAUGCGGCAGAUUGACAUAAUGAUCAACCAUCAGAAGAGGGAGUGGGAGGCUGACAUCCAGGCCCUGGGGCUCAGGCUGAAGAGCAGAGAAGAGGAGCUGUUUACUUCCAGGAGUCUCAUUGAGAGGAGGGACCUGGAGAUCGGGCUGCUCCGCAAACAGGUAGAAGACGUCCAGACCGAUCGACAAGAGUUAGUCGCCAAGUAUGAACAACAACUGAGGAAAGUCCGUGAAGAGUUAGAUAAAUUAAAGAGAAGUUACCACAAGCUGCAGCGCAAACAGCUCAAGGAGUCCAGUGGAGGAGCCAAAGAGACAGACCUUUCAGAGGUGACCCAGCUGCAGGAAAAACUCCAGGAAUAUCACCAGCGCUCUGCAGAGUGGGAGCAGCAACACAUCCAGCACCAGAAACAGCUGACAGCACUGGAGGCCCAGAAUAAGAGCCUGACCGACGAGCUCACACACGUGAAAUCCCAGUGGGCGUCGUGGCGAAGAGAGAGGGAGCACAGGGAGUGCUGUUCAGAGGCGCAGAGUCUGCGCACUCAGCUGGAGAAGACGCAGGACAGCCUGCACUCACACGAGCUCGAACUGGAGCGACUCCGACCUCUGGAGAUGUGUUUGGGACAGUACCAGAGAGAGCAGCAGGUGUUUUCAGAGGAGCGGGAGGAACUUCACGCCACGCUGGAUUCUCAGGACUCAUUUGUACGAAGAACCAGUUUGGAACGUCAGAGACUUCGUAACGAGGCUGUGAGACUCAACCGAGUCCUGGAAGCUAAAGAUCAAGUCAUUCGCUCUCUGGAGGACUGUGUGGCGGCGCAGGGCUGCACUGGUGUCCAAACCCUGAGGCAAGAUCUGGAGAGAACUGCAACCAAGCUUCACUGUGCCCAAGGUUGUGAGGUUCAUCUCAAGGCCGAACUGGCCUGUCUCAAAGAGAGGCUGGACACGGUGACCCGACAGAGAGCUGACCACUCAAAGACAGAGCAGGAUCUGAGAACUGUAAAAGCCGAGUACGACUCUUCUGUUGCUGAGAUGAAAAAGCUCAGAGAAGAGCUCCAAAGGGCCCAGCAGACUCACAGUGGUGAGGUGGAGGGGAUGAGGAAGGAGGUGUCAAAGCUGACCAGUGAGCUGCACCAGCGCGACCUCGCCAUCGCCUCGCUGAGCGGCUCCUCGUCCGGCAUCAAGCAGCAGCUUCGUGGCGAGGAGGAGCGAGCAGAGCAGAAGGCAGCGGAGCUUAAAAUGACUCAGGCGCAGCUGGAGACUCAACAGACUGAGAACCACCGUCUGAGGGGUCUGCUGCAGAGACUGGAGUCUCAGUCACCCACGAGGGGGGAGUCCUCGCUUGCAUCCCUGAGGGAGAGCUAUGUGUCCAACCUGAGCAGCCUGGAGCAAGAGAAUCAACAUCUGAGGCAGGCGCUCGGUGAGAUGCAGGCCCAGGUUGAGGGGUCCAGCCAGGAUAAAUAUGAACGAGCCCUGCUCUGCCACGGCAUAACUGACCGACCGCAGCCUGCUCAGGACAGGAAUGAAAAUACCAGACGUCACAAAUACCGGGAGGAGAUGAAGGCCUCAAAGGCCAAGCUGCAGGACAACACCACCUGCUAUGAGGGACAGAUCCAGAGGCUCUUUAAAGAGCUGCACACCCUGUCCCAGUCCCCCACAGACCAGCCCUGCAGCCAGGCCCAAGACAGCACGACUCAUUCAUCAGCAUCCUCCUCCUCCUCUUCCUCCUCCAGCAGCAAGAGACGCACCAGGAGAAACUCGGUGCCGACCUUAGGCUCGAAUGAAUCUGCUGCUGAGGGACAAAGCUCCUGCUCCGAAGACUCUCUGAGUCUCGUGUCCAGAGAAAAAACCGUUCCCUCGACCUUUCCACAGGAGCGUUCGGUAUCGGUGUCACCUGCAGACAGCAUGGUCUCUCGUUUCGUAGAGGAGGAGGUGCUGCGGACCGAGGAGCUGUUCCAGAGACUGGACACCCACAUCGAGAGCUUGAGGGAGAGCAAUGUCAGGACCGUGUCCAAGUACCUGCCCAGCGGCUCAGAGCCUGAGUCCGCCCAGACGUCUGUACAGACUGCCCCGACCGCUCGUCGCUGCAGGAGAGCUCGUGCGCAGCGCCGGUGUGAGACACCUGAGCACAGUCAUUGCUUUACCUCUUGUCUGAGCACAGACGAGCAGCAGAGGGAGCAGCUGGACGCUCAGCUGUCGCACUCGGGUCGGACACCAGCGGCUUUUCCUCCCUCAGGUCAGAUCCUUCUCUUGCUCCUUUCUUGCGUCUGCGUCCUGGGCUUGAAAGAUAGUUUCCCCGCUCCUGCUGUCAUGAAACAGGAAUGCGUCCACAGUCCAACACCACACUCAACGCCUUCUGUCACAAAACCAGACAUUUUUUAGCGGACGACCUAUUAAUUAAAGCUCUGACCCCAAAUGAAUAAACAUAUGAGUAAGUCUGGCAAAGUUUCAGAGCGCUCAUUUGGAAAGUCGCUUCAGAUUAUCAGCUCAUCUUGAGGGGGAGAGAUAUCUGAGGUAUUUGUUUGAGGAAUUUUGUGUUAUCUGUUAGAUCAUAGCUCGUCAUGGGAAUAAAGAAGAUGAAGAUAGAUUGUUUGUGUAGAGGCCUGACGGUUUCUGUAGGACUGCUCAAAGGCGAAUGCAGGUUGGUGGGAAUUUCUUAAAUCAGACUGGGUCACCAGCCAGCAGAUUCCUGAGAACGGGUGGGUGGCGAUCACUGUGAUGAUUGAUUAAAAUAAUUUAUCGGUGUUAAUAUGUUCUCUCUCUCUUGACGUAUCAGGAGCCACAGUUUGAUUUUGUGUGAACUAUAUUAUCACAGUCCAAAAAAAGUGGGAGAUGCCGCUCCUGUCACGGGUUGUUGCACCUUGACAGGCAUGAUGACCUUGACCAAAACCUCCUUAUUAUGAUAACACGACUUUUUUCCCCCAGAACUGUUGCAGCCUGCAUGAAAUCUUCGAUGCACGGUUGCACGGUGUGGCCUGUCGUGCUUCGCGUGUGAUGGGAACGUCUUCAUUGUUCUGGGGCGGAGGAGGGAGCUGGUGCAGGUUUCUGUGGCCGGACUCAUCUGCGUGCAGUCGGACUCCGGACGUUCGCCGCAGGAUGCCCGGAGUGCUGCAGAGACAGAGGGGCGCGUUCUUAUCGGCCCCCGCUCGGCGCUCGGUGCCAAGGGGGGAACUGAGCCAGAGAGGCCGGGAGGAAAAGGCUCAUUCCAGCUGAAGCACAAUGAGCGCGUCUACAUGCACGCUACUGUCCCACAUACACUCUGUGUUUGUUUGUGUACUCUGGCAUGUAAACAAUGGUUUGGAAGAAGGGACGGAGAUCUGUUACUUACCAAAACAUUAAAAAAAAAAAAAAAAAUCAUGGCCUUCCUCAGAGGAUGGAGUUUGCUGACUGGUCAUGGUGAUGAUGUAGUUACUAUCACAUGAUCUAAACAUAAAAUUGUUGACUAUAACCCCUGUCUGUGUUCAAGGCCCUCUGGUGUCAGAAGUGAAUGACUUCUUCUUUUAGUUAGUUUCAUAAUCCACUCUUUGUACACGUUAGCCCUGAGUGAUCAUGCUGCACCUCCCUCUCCUCCUCCUCCUCCUCCUCCUGGCUGAGAAGGUGUUGGCCUCUGUGCAUGUGGCUCAGCCGGCUUUCACAGCUUCUCUUAUUGAAGCCUGACACAGGGUUGUGUCGUCGCCGGCUGGGGGAAAGGUGGAUGUUAGGGUUACAGCUGUCUGGUGACAGCUGCAGGUUUCAUCUUGGGGCUACGUGUUGAUGGCUGUACGUGCACCUGGAUGUCAGAAGCUGUAGAAGGUUGCACCCUGUUGCCGGAAGCUGAGGGUGGAGGUUGUCUUUUUGAGGCUGCGGGAAGCUGCAGCUGAGACUAGUUGUCGGUACGUUUGGUAUGGUGGCUGAUGCUGCCAAAAGCUUCUGGGGAGGCAGCUGGUUGCCAGAUGGUGUAGGUGUUAGGGUCAGGGCUAAGGCCUGCAGGACGUAUGCUGCGGCUGCAUCUUGCUAACAUAACAUUUAUGAGGAGGAUGUGGCUGUUGCUGAGUGUGAAGGCAGUAGAGGCUGCACGUGGAGGAGGCAGGAGACAAACAUUUAGGAAAUGUUCAGAGAUGUUCCUGAUGUCCGAACUGACUCUACGCACUCUCUGUUCACAUAUGUGUGUAUUUGCAUGAAUGGAUAAUCAUCUCUCCCAUCCACCACUUCCAUUCCAGCUGUGAGAAACAACAUGUGUGCAAAGGAAAACAAACAACUUAAUGGACUUUUAAGAAUUAAAACUACACUUUGGAUGUAAAGACAGAAUGAGAUUCUUGCCAGAUGCUGAUCUGUCUCUCAGUCAGCGCAUGGACCUUGUGACGUUGUGCUACAGACACUGUGGAGUGGAAAGAGAAACCAGUCACUCGGAUCAAAGGAGUGUGUAUCUGGCUGCAAACCAUCAAGUCCCAGUAGUUUACACUGGCUGACAUUCAUUAGCAGCUUUAUUUUCCGGCGUACAGUCGGACUUUAAUACUGAGAUUAAAAGUUUGAAUGGAUAUAGGUCGUACAGCAAACAGCUCACCUGUUACUGUAACUUCACUGUGGCAGAGGUGGCCUGUAUCCCAGUGGGUAAAUCUGUCUCUGCUCCCACUUGGUUAAUAAUGGAACUUUACUUGGCCGGUUUCACAAAGAUGUCUCAGACCGGUCCGUGGUGUUGGUUCAGCAAAAGACAUAAAAUAAAUCCCUGCCACUCGUAGGAAAGUCUUUAUCAGCUGAGAGUCUUCUUUGAAGGUGACCUGUGGUUGUUUAACCAUUAUCAAAACCGCAGGUAUACGGAUACAGUUACCACUCACCAGUCCAACUUGUUCCUGCAGCUCAGUUGACGGUUUGAUUUGAUUUGUUAAUCCAGGACGAUGACAGAAUUGAAACCAUGAUGACUCACUCAUAAAUCAAUGAUUGUAUUAUUGUGGUCAUAUUGGUUAGUAUGGCAAUCCGGUCUCACACAGCUCUGCAGCUGCACAGAGACCUUCCAAAUCUUUCAGCAAAUUGUGUUCAGAAAUCAAUCUGAGUUUAUUAAAAAUGUAUAUGACUUGUACAGCUUCAUGUGGCCCUGAAGACGCAGCUCAGUCAGCCCAAAAAUAAUCAUUAAUUCUUGGAAAAACGGAGCAUCGUCUUAUUGACACUCAGCAGAGCAGGAAUCCUCUGAUGCAG